CGUUAUUCGCCCUCUAACCUCUACCACCACCAACUGCUAUCGAUAUCCUCUAUUCAUCUUACACACCACACACACAUACCAUAAACUACAAUGUCUGGACGCGGCAAAGGUGGAAAGGGUCUUGGAAAGGGCGGUGCCAAGCGUCACCGCAAGAUUUUGCGUGACAACAUCCAGGGUAUUACGAAGCCUGCUAUUCGUCGUCUUGCUCGCCGUGGAGGCGUGAAGCGUAUCUCCGGUCUCAUCUAUGAGGAGACCCGUGGUGUCUUGAAGAUUUUCCUUGAGAACGUUAUUCGUGACUCGGUCACAUACACUGAGCACGCUAAGAGGAAAACUGUGACGGCGCUCGAUGUCGUGUAUGCUCUCAAGCGCUCUGGCCGCACGCUCUACGGCUUUGGGGCAUAAGCCUUUCAUAUUUUAUUCUUACUUGCGGAGUUUCGAUUUUGUGAAUGAUAGUUAUGAGCUGGUGACGACGCGGGAUAGCGCUCGUUUCUGAUGCAGGAUGUGUGAUAUGUUGCUCAAUGCUACUAGGUCUACUAUAUGAUGUAUAUUAUUCUUGCCAUACAAGUACUUAUGUGCCAUGUACCUGACAGUGUGACGCGAAGCUGACGGAGUGUGAUGUCGACUGUGAGUUGCCUACAUAGCUUAUUUUUUGGUCUGGGGCCUGCCAGGGCUGGGUUGGAG